UUUUCUCCCAAAAAUCUAAAACAAAAUCCCGCGUUCCAAACAAGCGUAAAAUCAAACAAAAAAAAAAGCAGAAAAGUGCGUUCACUCACCGCAUGCACCAACACAGUCUCACUCACUCACGCAUCCACUCCGAAGUGAUUCUCCCGUCAUUUUCUCUCUGAGUCGGUGUUUCUGCCACUCUCUUCGGACAUUUUCUUCGGAUCUAAUUUCUCACCAUGAAUCACCACCACGAUCCCAAUCCAUUUGAAGAAGAAGAAGUCAAUCCAUUCUCGAAUGGUGCUGGAUCAAAAUCACGUGUUCCACCGUUGACAUCUGAACCAGUGGGCUUUGGUCAAAGACAUGAUGCUACAGUUGAUAUUCCUUUGGACACUUCAAAUGGGGACUCUAAGAAAAAAGCUCAGGAGCUAGCAGCAUGGGAAGCUGAUUUAAAAAGGAAAGAGAAGGAAAUAAAAAGAAGAGAAGAUUCUGUUGCCAAAGCUGGUGUGCCCAUUGAUGAUAAGAAUUGGCCUCCAUUUUUCCCAAUCAUUCACCAUGAUAUUGCCAAUGAGAUACCAGUUCAUGCUCAGAGGCUGCAGUAUUUGGCCUUUGCAAGUUGGUUGGGAAUCGUUCUCUGCCUAGUUUUUAAUUUAGUUGCUGUGACUGUCUGUUGGGUCAGAGGCGGGGGUGUUAAAAUAUUUUUCCUUGCAGUGAUUUAUGCGCUGCUUGGCGUCCCCCUUUCGUAUGUGCUUUGGUACAGGCCACUCUAUCGUGCUAUGAGGACGGAUAGUGCACUUAAGUUCAGCUGGUUUUUCAUGUUAUAUUUGCUUCAUAUAGCAUUUUGCAUCUUUGCUGCAAUUGCACCCCCUGUUGUUUUUCAUGGGAAGUCAUUAACGGGCAUCCUUGCAGCAAUUGAUGUCUUCUCAGACCACGUAUUGGUUGGGAUAUUCUAUUUGAUUGGAUUUGGUCUGUUUUGCUUGGAGGCUCUUCUAAGUUUGUGGGUAAUUCAGAAAAUAUACAUGUUUUUCCGGGGGCACAAGUGAGGCUGUUCUCAGGAUUUUGUUCUAGCAGCUCUUAUAAUGUCGGUCACUUUUCAGUGUGACUUAGUAUAUUCUCCUUUUCUCUAUCCUCUUUUUAUUCUUUUCAAUAUCUUCGUGUGAUAUUGUUCUGUUGUUUCUAUGUAGUGAAUAGUGAUUGAACCAGAGUUUUGUUUGUAAUUUACUGUAUAAUGAAUUAUGUGAAAUUUAGUAUGUAUUAGAAUUUCCCUUCAUUGAAAUGAUAUUUUACUUUUCACAAGCA